GUUCGAGGCUAGCACGUGCUGCAGACUUGGCGUUAAGAUUAAACUUUUCUCUAGACUCUGGUCCAGAAAUUACCCCCCUUGAAUAGUAAAAGACAAACCAAUAAUGGAAACCAAAUCAAAUAAAAGGGUAAGUCCAGUUGGAGGAACUGUUCGAAUUUUUGCCAGGUCUGUACAAGACGUUACUGCCAACAAAACUAACAGGACUAUUAGUAGUAUUUCAUCACCGUCGAAAUCCAAUGAGAACAGCCCAAAUAAAGAUCAAGAAUGUAUAAACGAUUGUGUUGAGUCCUCGUCUAAUCCUUUUGCGGAACUGUAUCACGGCCAAACUGUUGACAGCAAAGAAAUUACACUUUCUCAAACACCCACUACAUCAAAGACACUAAAUAGUACUAUAUCUGAAAAUUCACAAUCGUCCCGAAGGUCAAUCAUAUCGCAGUUGAAUAAAAAUACUGAAAUUGAUGAAAAAGAAAAAUGUACAACGAUAAAAGUUACUCUGAAGACCAUCGUUCAUAAUGAUCAGAUCGACCCACAUGUUAAUCCUCAAUUAGAAUCGAAACAUCUAAAACCAAUAUCUGUACCAAAGAAAAAGAACUUCAACAAAGAGUUAUCUACCCAUGAAUCUAAGUCAACUGAGAAAAGAGGACAUCUACCAAUCGUAUUGACAAAUGACACAAGUCAUGAUAAACCCAAAAAUCCUCAAAAGGUGAAAGUUAAGAACAAAGUAUCAAAGAAUAAUAGUAAUCCAAAAGAUAAGGUCAAGACAAAAUCACCAAUCCACGGUAACAUAGAAAAUUCCAAACCUAGGAUCCCUAAUUAUCCCAGAAGGUCGUCUACCAGCAGUAAUAAUAGCAAUGAAUGUUCGAAAGACAUUAGAAUUUCUAAUAGAAAGAGUUGUGGUUUCCAUGAAGGCAGUUUGAAAGAUAAACAAACUUACACCAGAAAAGGCAGCUUCAAAGGUAACAGUACUUAUGCUAGAAACACUACUUACCCAAGAUGGGUACAAAAUAAAGUCAAAUCAGAAGGUGAAAACUGGAAUUUAGAAUUAAUGGAAAUAGUACCAGUACCUGGAAAAGAUCCAAUUAGAACAGAAUUUCAUAAGACAGAAAUGUUGGCUCUAUCAUCUGGAGAAGGAUCUGUUGAAAAAAUAGAUGAAGAUAAAUUGAAAGCUUUAAAUUGUGCUAACACACAAUCGAUCAAGAUCCGAUCAGUGAGUGAAUCUGACAUAAACAUAAAUAGCGAUGCUACUAAUUUCACCACCAGUCAAGCUCAAAAUUCUGCUCUAGAUGAUUGGUCUGAAAAAGCUGGCGAAUCAGGUUCCCUAAAAACUUUAAAUUGUGAAGACUCCCAGUCCAUCAGGGUCAGAUCUGCGAGUGAAUCAGGCAUAAUCAUAAAUAGCGAUACUACUGACUUUACCACCAGUCAAGAUAAAACUCAAAAUUCUGCGCCAGAGAAUUGGUCUGAGAAAGCUGGCGAAUCGGGUUUCCUAAAAACAUUAAAUUGUGAAGAUAUUCAAUCCAUCAAGAUCAGAUCUGUUAGUGAAUCAGACAUAAAUCUAAAUAAUGAUACCGGGAGAUUCAAAGACUUAAACCAAGAUAAAAUUAAAAAUGUAGCACCUGAGGAUUGGUUUGAAAAAGCAGAUGAGUUGAGGCCUUCUGAAAGUUUACAAAAUGAAGACACCCAAUCCAUCAAAGUCAGGUCUGUGGGUAAAUCUAGUAAUUUCACUUCACAUGAAGAUAAAACACAAAAUUCUUCACAAGAGAAUUGGUCUAAAAAGAGGGAUGAGUUGGGUUCUGUAACAGUUUUAAAUUGUGAUGCCACUACAACAACUUUAAACCAUCAAUCUUUAAAUCAAGAUAGUAUCCACAAUUCUACACCAAGUGAUUUGUCAAAACAAGCAGAUUUCCCUGAUUCCAUAAAAACAUUGGAUACUGAAGGAUCUCAAAAGUUUUUUCAACCAUCACAGAACCAGUCAAAGAGUGAAUGCACCAAAAAUGGCCAUUCUACACCAAAUGAUUUGUCAAAACAAGCUGAUGUCCCUGUUGCCAUAAAAACAUUGGAUACUGAAGGAUCUCAAGAAUUUUUUCCACCAUCACAAUACAAAUCACAGACCGAACACACCAUGAACGACAAUUCUAUUUGUUUCACAGAAAAAAAAACAUGCUCGAAUAAAGACAAUACUCCAUGUUCUAAUUCUGCAUCAGAGGAUUGGUCCAAAGAAAUAAUUGCAGAUCUUGGUCAACCUUCCUCUUUUGACCCAUUUCCAGAUAAAAAUGGAAAUGUCCCGGCUGAAAAUGACCGGAUUACUGAACUUGAACCAGAUAAUUGUAAUUUAUCUAAGCCAAUUGUAAAUGUAAAUGAUAAUUCAGAUCAAAGUUUAAUAAAUAUUGAAGUAACUGAUGAUAAUUUAAAUGAUAAUGUAAAAGGAGCAACUGAUUCAGACAGUGUUAUAUAUUUGCAGGAAUGUGAGCCACCAGAAAAUCGCAAAUUGAGACCAAUCCAUGCUCGGGGUGGAAUCCAGCCACCUACUUCCUGCCGUAGAAAAGCUUAUUCAGUCUCGGAUGAUGACGGAAAAAUUAAACCUCAUCCUCUGUCUGUUUAUUUUGAUGAAGAUUGGUGUAAAUUGCAACUGGAAGCUAAAAAAGAAACAGAAAAUCCAAAUACCGAAACACAAAACACUCAUGUCCUGGAUGGAAACGUUGAAUCGAGAUUUAGUCAAGAUUAUCGAAAAAAUCAGUUUAUCAAGGAACAGCAACCAACAGUUGAUAUUGUUCAAGUGUCACCAACAAAACCCUUUUCACCUCAAAGUUCAACUCUAAAGAGAGGUUCAAGAAAUCAGAAGGAAGAUUCAAAAUUCCUUCCAAUACGAACUGACAAAUCAAUUGACGAGAAAUUAAAAAAACUGGAUGAAAGUUUUGGAUUUAGACGACCUAAAUCACAUAGCAUUUCAGAUAAGAGGCAAGAUUAUCAAAGGAAUAAAUUCAAACCACGGAAUAUUCAUAAUAACAGGAGUAAAUUUGACUCUGAAGAUUGGACAUCAGAACUGCUGGAAGUUCCCGCUAUUAGUUCCACAAAAAUUAAAGACGACUCUCAAGUAUGGCCAAAGAACGAUACUUGUAUGGAAACUUAUAUUACAGUUGAUGAUUUUGAUAAUCGUAACGAUGAUAUUUCAGAACAGUAUGAAAUUAACAAAAACAAAAAAGCUUCCCUACAUGUACAUCAAAAGGAGAAUAAAAAAAUUGGUGACUCCUGCCUGAUAUACUGUGAAGACAAGAAACCUUACAAAGUAUCUAAUAUUGUCAAUAGUGCUAGUUUAUCCUCCAGCGUCCAUGAUAGUGCUGCUUUGUCAUCUAGUGCUUAUAAUAGUGAAUCAUCAGUGGCCAUACAUAGUGAGAGAAAACAUGAAAAAGAAAGAAUAGUUAUUGAUGAUGCAUCACAUGUGAAAGCAAGAUCAAAGCCUUCCAAAUGCUCUUCACCAUUGAAAAGAAAGGAUGCAAAGAUGCUAUCAUCUAAUAUUGACAUUUCAAAUAUUGUAAUCAGUGAUGACAUAUCAGAUUAUAGUAGUAUAGUGUCAGAUAAUGAUGUUGACAAAUUUGUUCAGACUUCUCACAAAACUUUUAAAAUACCAGAUUCUGAUGACAUAGAACAUUGCUCGCAAAGACAUUGUGUGUCAUCAGACAGUCGUUCACCAAAAGACAAAAUGAGAAAACAAUAUAGUCCAGAGAGAACAGCUGCAGUUAUGUCUACAUGUAGCUCGUCAACUGAAUUGAAUAAGCAUUCAUCAGAUUAUUCUCCCUCAAGGCAACCCAGCAGAGACUCUGGCUUUUAUGGGAAACAUGGUCCAGCACCAGAACAUUGUGAUUAUAACUUCUAUCAACAUGGAAAACCACCUGUAUUUGACCCCAGGAUGUUCAACCCUUAUCUUCAAGCACCAGGUAACUGGAUGCCCUUUUAUCCCUACAAUUACAUGUGUCCACCUUAUUAUCCCUGUGAAUAUGAUCUGUCUCUCGCACAAAAUCCUCCAAAAGAAGAACGUGAAAAUCAUCCAAACAAAAAACCAGAAAUAAUUCCACAAGAAACAGAAAAUAAAACACAAGACGCCAGAAAAAUCAAAUCUGAAGAUCAUGAAAAUGAUAAAUUGGACAGGAAAGAAGAUAAACCAGAGAUGGACUUGUGUUCUUUAAUAACUGUUCCGUUAAGUGAAAUUAGUGACAUUGAACAAGCCAAGAACUUAUUACAUUAUGUCAAAAAUUCUGUAAGUCGAAUAACGGACGCUACUGGGUUUUACUAUAAAGCUUCUUUAGAACAUGAUGUGCCAGUUUUACAUGUUGGUGCAACAACUAACAAAAAAAAUUCUUUGUCAGAACAGAAAACAAAACCUUGUCGUAGUCAUUCUUCUGACAUUGGUCGUGAAAAGGAGAAACACAAACGGAGACAAACUCGUCGAAAUUCUUCUACAUCUCUAGAUGCUAGGUGCACAGGAAAUAGAAAUAAUAAGUCAAACUUUUACUCAUUGUCUCAAUCACCUGAUUCUGGUAGAACAGUAGAAUUUUUAUCCAGCCCACCAAGCACCUAUCAUUAUCAACCUAGAUAUCCGAUACCAGAAUCACUUUUACAUCAUGGUUCCCCACCAAAAUCACAAUCAUACACUGGACAACCUAGAUUUCAACAUCAGGGUUUCACACUACCAGAUUUUGACAGCUACGAUUCAUCUAGAAACUACAGAAAUAAUUGUGAUAUGUAUAUGAACCAAGACAGUACAAAGAUGAAUGAAGUUCGAUCUUUGAAUUCUAGUAUUGUUAGCUACGAUUUAACGGACGAAGAUGACAGUUAUGAUGAAGAUGGUGGGUUCAAUUCUCAGAAAUUCAUCAGAGAAGUUAAACAGGUACUUGAUAGUGAUGGGGAUGUGACAGAAUUUGAUCCUCAUAGAAAGGUCAAAAGCACAGAAUGUGGGUCUGCUUACAACGAAGAAUUUCCAGAACUAAGUAAACAGUCAGGUAAAUCAAAACCUCAGGUCGAUCAUCGAUUUGUCGAGAAGAAAGGUAAACGAAGAAUCUGUGAACCACUGUCAGAUAAACAGUUCCAGAAGGAAAAUAAUCCUGUGACUUGCCGUCAGUCCGAUUUGCAAAAUGUUAUUCAAUCUAUCAAUAGUCGUUAUGUACCACCACAUAAAAGAAGAUUUUCAGAGGAUUCAGAAUCGUAUUCAAGAUCAUUCACUAAGUUUGGGCAGUUUAAUGAUAUUAAUCCAAACUCUUCACGGCAAAGCUGGGAGAACAAUUCCAGGAGGUCUUCUGAUCAGUGUGCUGGUGGAGAUGUAAGAGAUAGAUCACCAAAUCUUCUGAAUCGUAAUUGGUCACGAAAUUUAGUAGCAGCAGAUGGUUUAUCCACUAGUUCAAAUAGGUACGAAUGUAAGUCAGAUCCGUAUGCAAAGCCAACAUUUCAAGCUGACAAAGGCCGCUAUCAGCAAAAUUUUGAUACAAAAACAUUUGUUAAUUCUUUUUAUGGGCAGCAUGAUAGAAGGUCAUCUGAAUCCAACUCCUCUUCCAGUUACUCAUCUCGAUUACAGUACGAUAACAGAUUACGUUCAAAUACUGGUGUCUUGACUUCUGCAAACUGGAAGUUUAGAUUGAAUCAAAGAUGUCAAUAUUAUAAAUCUACCUUCAUUGAUACUCAUUGCCAUUUAGAUUUUUUAUUUGAGCGACUAGAGUACAAUGGCAGCUACAAGGAUUUCAAAGAAAAGUACAGUGAUAGUUUUCCACAGAAUUUCGAAGGCUGUAUUUCUAUUUUUUGUAACCCUAAGAGUUUUAAACAUUCUGGAUUGUGGAUGGAAUUUGCUGAGGAAGAAAAUGUAUGGAUGGCUAUGGGCUGUCAUCCUAAACAUGCUAGUUCUUUUGAUCCUAUCGCUGAGGAAAAUCUCAAAUAUAUUAUUAAUCAUCCUAAAAUAAUUGCCGUGGGUGAAAUAGGACUUGACUAUUCCAGUUACCAUGGUAAAUUUGAAGCAAUACAAAAGGUAGUGUUUACUAGACAACUAAAGUUGUGUUUAGGGGUGAAGAAACCAUUAGUUAUACAUUGUAGAGAUGCUGAAGAUGAUUGUCUUAAAAUUAUGGAAGAGAUAAUACCCAAAAACUACAAGAUACACUGUCAUUGUUUUACUGGUUCAUAUGAACAAGCGAAAAGAUGGUUGGAAAUGUUUCCUAAUUUAUACCUUGGUAUAACUCCGGUUGUUACAUAUUCCUCAGCUACAGCUAGUCAUGACUUAGCUCGAAAAAUACCACUUAACCGUCUACUCCUUGAAACCGACUCUCCAUAUUUUGUCCCAAGAAACUUAAAUAAAGAUGAACACAAAGUAUCAUUACCUGGAUUUGCUAUAGUUGUAGCAGAAGAAGUAGCCAGAUAUCAAGAUAUUACAGUUGAACAAGUUCUCAUACAUUGUAGACAAAAUACUAAAACAUUGUUUGGAAUUUGAACCAUUUAAUUGAGAAUGUAUCCUUAUUCAUAAAUUAGUAUUUCAACCAUAAAAAUUUCCAUAGCGAAGUUCAUAGUGCUACACUAAAUGUUGUAAAUUCUAGUCUCAUGAAGUUAUUCAAUAUAUGUAACCAGUGACGACAAACUGAGUUAGAAGUCAAAUUGAAUAAAAAUGUCAAAUACA